AUGCCCCAUCGCCUUGCCAUCAGCGACGCCACCACCGCCCUCGCCUGCUCACCAGCACCGACACCAACCCAACGCAAAGCAGUUCACGCCGACCAGCUCCUAAUUUCCGACUCCAACCCGCAAGCUGCAGCCCUCUUCGGCUAUGAAGAAGACGAACUCGAAGCCCUCGGUCCGGGCGUGCUCGCACACAUCCUCGGCACAGCAACAACAUCAACCACAUCAACAACGGACAGCGCAGUCGCCUGGCUCCUCGCCCGCUUCAACGACAUCCUCGCCUCCACCCUCCACCGCGCCGAAACCAUCCGCGUGCCCCCAGGAACAACACACAUAGCAUGCCGCCGCAAAGACGGGUCGGCCUUCACAGCCGCCGUCGAGGCCCACGCGUUGGAAUACAUCUACCCCGCUCCUGCCGAGGGAGGCGAGUCAACGUGCCGCCCGGGCAUGAUGCUCGUGUUCCAUUAUACACCGCCUGAAACGAUCGUGACCCUCUCCCCGCCGUCGCGGCCGCUGAGCGCAUCGUCGUCGUGUGAGGACGGGAUGAUAACGGCCCGCACGCUGUCGAGAGUGUCGAGCGCUAGCAGUUUCUGUGAGCUGCCGAAGAAUAGGGGCCCGAGGGAGUUGAGGGCGCGGUUCAAGGGGAUGUUUGAGGGCGCAUGCUCGGCGAUUGGGAAGGGGUUUUUUGAUAUUGCAUUGCAGAAUCUAGGCGCUUGGUCAAACUUCGAAUACGCCUUCAUAGCCGCCGCCAUCCCCUCCGGCGGCGUCGACGCAGACGGACACCACAAAAUGCUCCGCGUCAUGUCCUUCUGGGACCGCAAAACCGGCGUCAACCCCGCCUUCGCCUCCGUCCCCUACGCCUCCCACGGCAGCCCCUGCUACCUCACCUUCAAAUCCCCCACCGUGCACAUCCCCACCGCCCUCUCCUCCCUCUACCCCGACUUCCCCUUCUUCCAGCUCCUCUCCCCGCCGCCAAAAGUCUACAUCGCCCUCGCGAUCAACGACACGGAGACGGGCGGCUUCAUCGGGAACAUCGGCCUCAUGGAUGUGCGGGAUCCCGAUGAGGCGGUCGACGGGGAGGAGUUGGAGUAUAUCAAGUUGGGCAUGCGGGUGUUUGCGGAACGCGUGGGCGCGGAGCUGAAGAGGGGGUUGAUGGAGGAUGGGUUGCGGGAGGCGAGGGAACAGGCGGAUCUGGCGAGCAGGGAGAAGACGCAGUUUUUGAAUCAUAUGAGCCAUGAGAUUCGCACGCCGAUGAAUGCUUGUUUAGGCAUGUCGGAACUGCUACUGGACACGCACCCCCUCACACCCACCCAACUUGACUACAUCACGACCAUCCACACCGCAGGCCAACACCUCCUCCGCGUCAUCAACAACACUCUCGACCUCAGCAAAAUCGAGGCCGGGUGUUUCACACUCGCCCACCAAUCCUUAAACCUGCCCGCCCUCCUCAACGACGCGGCGAACCUCGUGCGGCCUCUGCCAGCACGACUGACGGGUGAUGCAGAACAGGUGGAUGUGAACUGGGCGAUUGCGGAGGAUGUGCCGCACUGGGUGAUGGGCGAUGAGACGCGGGUGAAGCAGAUUGUGGUGAAUUUGGUGGGGAAUGCGGUUAAGUUUUGUGGCGGGGGUGGGAGGGUGGAGGUGGGUGUUGCUGUUGAGAAAGGUGGCAUACCGAUGUCGGAUGGGGACGGAGGUGGAGGUGGAGGUGGAGGUGUAUCGCCCUUGGUUGUCAAGUUUAGCGUGAAGGAUACCGGAUGCGGUAUACCCACCCACCAAAUCCCCGCCCUAUUCCGCCCCUUCACCCAGCUCGCCGCCACCGCCCACCUCAACCACCGCGGCUCCGGCCUCGGCCUCGCCAUCGCGCAGCAUCUCGUGCUCCUCAUGCACGGGCGGAUCUGGGUCGAGAGCAGCAUCGUGGGUGGGGGGACGACGAUCUGUUUCAGCGUGCCGUUCGCCCCUGCGCACGGGGGUGGUGGUCUGUCAAAUACACCGGCGGGGUCGAUGACCACCUCACAUGAGCAGGGGUACAUGCACACCACCCGCAGCGUGUUCCUGGAAUCCAAUCCCACAAACGCGCCACCCCUCACACCCCCCGCCGACUCGCCAAGCGAACAACCGUACCACCGCCACUGGGACCCGCACCUCUCCACCCGCCUCCCGUUCCGGAUCCUGGUCGCGGAAGACAACCCCGUGAACGCGCGCAUGGUGUUGAGCAUGUUUGCGAAAUUGGGGUACGGCGAUGUGGCGUGGGUGAGGGAUGGCGAGGAGAUGGUUAGGGUUGUUGCGGGCAGGUAUAUGCAACAGGGGCCGGAUCUGCCGUUUGAGGUGGUGUUUACGGAUUUGCAGAUGCCUGUAAUGGACGGCUUCAAAGCCACUGAAACCCUCCUGGCCUUCUUCACCACCCUGCAUGACUCAAUACAACAACAACAACAACAACAACAACACCCGACAAUCAUCCCACAAAUAAUAGGUCUCUCCGCCAACGCAUCCACCGAAUCCCGCGCGCGCUGUCUGGAAUGCGGGAUGCGCGAUUACGUGACCAAGCCCGUGGGGAUUAGAGAUUUGCAGGACGCGCUGGGGCGGUGUUGGGAGAGGGGCGCGCGCGUGAACGGGGAGGAGCCGUCAAGCGCGCGGAUGCGGUGA